GCGGGGUGGAGUUGAGGUGGACUCGCGGUCCCCUACGACCACCGAGUGCAGCGUGGGCGGGAGCUGCACCUCGGCACGGCGACCUUCAGCAUCGCGGAGCUCGGGAUCAUCGCUCGCGAAGCUGGGCGUCGAGGCUCGCUUCGUCGAGGGCUACGAGCUGGGGUAUGCGGCGGCGCAGGCGCUGAAGGUGACGGCGGGGCCUGCGACGGUGGUGACGGACCACCUCUCGCUAGUCAAUGAGUCGAAGCGUGACUGGGUGAUCAACGCGGGGGCGAGAGCCAAGCAUGCGGGGCUGUGGCGGACGAUGGCGGGGUUGACCAAAGGCGAGCGGGCCCCCUCCUUCGCUCGGCAGGGCCCUCGUCUUUCGCGCGGCCAGGCGGUGGAGAAGGACUGCAACCUGUUCGACUGGAUAGGCAACUGGCGGGCUGACUUCUUCGCGGGCCCGGGUCGAGAUGACGUCGCUCUCUCCGACAGCUUCGCGCGCGAUUGCAGGCUCCAGUUUGCGAGUGCUGUGGAUGCGAUCGCGAUGCUCGGGCAGUUGGCGCAGAG